AUGGGGACCGAGCAGGCGGCAGGGGUGGAAAUAUCUGAGCCGUUACUACAGGAUGAAGUGGCAGAGCGCAAAAUCAGGGUCGUUGGUUCCGAUGAACAGGAGGAAGAAAUAAUCCCCGAAUGGAAGGAGCAGAUAACGAUUCGAGGACUUGUAGUGAGCGCUUUAUUAGGCGCUCUUUUCUGUAUAAUUACACACAAGCUUAAUCUCACAGUCGGAAUCAUUCCUUCUCUCAAUGUUGCCGCCGGUUUGUUGGGAUUCUUCUUUGUCAAGUCGUGGACCGAGUUUUUGUCGAAAUUAGGGUUUCAUGUUAAACCUUUUACCCGGCAAGAAAACACUGUAAUUCAGACAUGUGUUGUUGCAUGUUAUGGCCUCGCAUUUAGUGGGGGAUUUGGGUCUUACUUGCUUUCGAUGGAUGAGAAAACGUACAAGUUGAUUGGGGAGGAUUAUCCAGGAAAUCGAGCAGAGGAUGUUAAGAAUCCCGGGUUGUUGUGGAUGAUGGGUUUUAUAUUCGUUGUCAGUUUUCUUGGACUUUUUAGCCUUGUUCCUCUUCGGAAGGUUAUGGUCUUGGAUUAUAAGCUGACGUACCCCAGUGGAACUGCUACAGCAAUGUUGAUCAAUAGCUUCCAUACAAAUACUGGAGCUGAACUUGCUAGGAAGCAGGUGAGUUGUCUUGGGAAAUACUUGAGCAUAAGUUUCAUCUGGAGCUGCUUUAAAUGGUUCUUCAGCGGUAUUGGUGAUUCAUGUGGAUUUGAUAACUUUCCCAGCCUUGGAUUGACUCUGUUCAACAACACGUUCUAUUUUGACUUUAGUCCAACUUAUGUUGGAUGUGGUCUUAUCUGCCCUCAUAUAGUGAACUGCUCGGUGCUUCUUGGAGCUAUUAUAUCGUGGGGUUUUCUUUGGCCACUCAUUUCUCAACGUGCUGGUGACUGGUAUCCAGCUGAUCUUGGCAGCAAUGAUUUUAAAGGUCUCUAUGGAUACAAGGUCUUUAUUGCUAUUUCCCUAAUUCUUGGGGAUGGGAUUUACAAUUUGAUCAAGAUAAUAGCAAUAACAAUUAAGGAGAUGUACAGAAGUAGCACCAAGCAUCAUAAUAUUCCAGUCAUCAAGGAAGUUGCAGAUAGUGACAAUUCCAAGUUACUAGUGGAGCAGAGGAAAAGAGAUGCGGUUUUCCUGAAAGAUGGGAUCCCUUUCUGGUUCGCCGCCUCUGGAUAUGUUGCCCUGGCUGCAAUAUCUACUGCUACAAUGCCAAUGAUCUUUCCACCUCUUAAGUGGUAUUUGGUGCUUUGCUCCUACAUAAUUGCACCUGCCCUUGCCUUCUGCAACUCAUAUGGUACUGGGCUCACGGACUGGAGUCUGGCUUCUACUUAUGGAAAGAUUGGCCUCUUUAUUAUUGCUUCGCUGGUUGGAAGCAAUGGUGGGGUCUUAGCUGGAUUGGCAGCUUGUGGGGUUAUGAUGUCGAUUGUUUCUACUGCUGCUGAUUUAAUGCAAGAUUUUAAGACUGGCUACCUUACUCUGUCAUCAGCAAAAUCUAUGUUUGUAAGCCAGUUAGUUGGAACAGCCAUGGGCUGUGUUAUUGCACCCCUCACAUUUUGGAUGUAUUGGACCGCCUUCGACAUUGGUACCCCUGAUAGUCCGUAUAAAGCACCAUAUGCUGUUAUCUACAGGGAAAUGGCUAUUUUGGGAGUGGAAGGCUUCUCUGAACUUCCGAAGCAUUGUCUGGCCAUAUGUUGUGGCUUCUUUGUGGCAGCUCUGGCUAUAAACCUUUUGAGGGAUGUGACACCUAAAAAGAUUUCCCAGUUCAUUCCUAUUCCAAUGGCAAUGGCAGUCCCGUUCUAUAUUGGAGCUUACUUUGCAAUUGACAUGUUUGUUGGCACCGUAAUAUUGUUUGUAUGGGAGCGGAUAAAUAGAGAGGACGCUGAAGAUUACGCAGGCGCGGUUGCUUCAGGUUUAAUAUGCGGUGAUGGAAUAUGGACUAUACCAUCUGCUAUUCUUUCUAUCUUCAGGAUCAAUCCACCCAUCUGCAUGUACUUUAAACCUUCAAGUAGCUGA